AAUCAGAGCUCCAGCAAUUCAACAAAGACAUGAAGAUGAAGACUUCUUGGCAUGUCGUUUGCUUUUCUUUGCUCUUCUGUGCACUGCUUGGGGACUGUUUUGGAAUUGCGUUUGUGCCCAAGGACAAACGUGGGUGGACCCUGAACAGUGCUGGAUACCUGCUGGGACCCCCACUUCUUCCCUCCCCCCACUCUCCUCUCCCCAAAGCAGAUGCCCACCAGACGUUGCCUGAUAAGGGAGCUGUGGCUGGGAAAAGAGAUGCUGUGGAGGAUCUGUAUUCUUUGGGGCAGGAUUCUAUUGCACCUGUUCUGCAACUUCCUGAUUAUGGCAUCUUCCAGACAUUGAUGGAUUUUCUCUCCUACCUGAAUCUCCGAGAUCAAACAGUGAUUGGACGCCUGCCCCUCCCAGUGUCAGAAGAAUCGGUGCAACAGUAGUAUUCUUCAGCCUGUCUCUUGUAGAGCUGCUUGUAGCAUUGCAGUUCCUUCCCCAUUUCACACAUGCAGGUGUUGGUCAGAUCCUUUGUUGUGUUUUGCCCUCUGCUCAUCUAAUUCAGCAAUUUGCUCAAAAGAAUUCACUUCUAAUCUAGUUAAUCUUCCUGGUCACCCUUUAUCUAAUGUUGCCAUUUAUUCUGUAGUUCCUUGUCUUGCACGCCCUCUGUAACCCUCUUUCUUGGGGACAUUAUUAUUCUUUUCCCCAAUGCAAACAAUUACAGGAUAUGCAACUAUAAUGUACUUUCAUUUCCUCGUAUCCUGAUAGCUUCAUGUUUUUAACAGACGUUGGCACACUUCUUUGGGAUCUGUGUUUUUGUACCUUCAUGAGAAGGUCACAAAUUGGGGUCUAGAGCAUGCAGAAGGUGCCUGUAGAAGAAUAUUUCCCAACCUUAGCAACUUUAAGAUGUGUGGACUUCAACUCCCAAAAUUCCCCAGCCAGCAUGGGCAACAUUUGUGUAUCACGAUUCACAUAAGGAAAAGAUUGUAUAAACUGUCUAUUGAAUAAAUUCUCUCUUCUAACCUAA